GGGUGGAGAAGGAGAGUGAUGAGGGGAUGAGGGGGGAGAAAGAGGAGGAGAAGGAGAAGGAGAAGGAGGAUGAACCCUCGGUGCUGGUCGCGGAGGGGGAUGGAUCUGCUGAGACUGGAGUUGGGGAUGGGGAUGGGGAUGCGAAUGCGAAUACAACUGCAGAUGCACCUAUAUCUAUGGCUAGAGGUACAGCUACCUCUGCACCUUCACCACAGACAGAGACACAGACAGAACCACAACCACAGCCACAAACUGUCACACCAACACCUACACCUACUACAACAACUACACCACAACCACAACACCAACCUAUACCCACACCAACAGCAGCACCAACAGCACCAUCCCAAGAAACCCCCUGGCUCGACCGCGCCAUCAUCGGGGUACUCAUCGCCCUGGCAGUAAUGAUUCUCCGCCGUCUCGCUCGCGAAGACAUGGAGUAACCCUCCUAUCUACCUGCCUACAUAUUUUCCUUUUCACAUUCCACAACCACAAAGGGGUUCAUCUUUUAUCAUACUCGAUCAUCUGAAAUGAGCGAGCGAGCGGGCAAAUGGUGUUUAGGUUGGCGUUAUGUUUCGGGAGGGGGGGAGUAUGUACUGUAUCUUGUACUUUUAUUAGGGAUUAAAAUAGGUGGAAUUUCAAUUCGGU